ACUAACAAACAUCCGGUAAAGUCAACGAACUGGUUUCACGCCUAAAAACGAACAAAUUAAUCUCCAUUUCGAGCCAAAUUUGGUGAGAAAAGUGUAAAAUGUAUUAAUUGGAAAGUCUUUAUGGAAAUAGCUCAAUCAUAUAUUGUGUAAAGUUCAUAGAUGGGCAUAACUCUUGUUUUGAAAAGCGGAAUUUGAGCAAAGUCACUGUGAAAAAGGACGCUUGCGUCGUGAUAGCGCAUGCUAAACCGUAAAUUAAACGACUCCUUUUAUGAUAUAUAUUUUUAAUCAAGUCCACUGGAGGCUUUGCAAACCAUUUGAGCUUCCUGUAAAAGUAUAGCGAAAAUGAACCGUAUGUAUCUGAAUAAUGAACUAUUGGAGAUGUCAGUUUAUGUUAGCUAGCUGUUUAGCCGGGCCCGUCUAUUUAAAGCUUCUCGUCAGUCACUCAGGCUCGUAGUGUUGCGUCUGUAUUUUCAGCAGAAACAGUAGGGAUUAUUUACACUGCAUGUACUGUGAGCAUCUUUUAAAAAACAGUCAAACAGAUAGGUUAAUUGCUUUAUUUGGACAGUUUUAUUAAUAUUUGGAGAACAAUUGUGUUGAAUUUUGUAAUGUUGUAUUUUUCAGAAGCCGGCCCACCCUUGUCCACCUUGCGCCAACUGGUGCCCCCUUUGCGGCUGUGCUCGGCCGCCAUGUGGCAGCUGGCAAAGCAGAAAGAUGUGAUGAACUACCAGAAACUUCAGGAGUUUGUGUAUGCUGUGACUGAGGCGGUGCCUGGGCUGAUGAACAACAAGCAGAGAGUCCAGCUCAUCCUGGGCCUAAGAGCGAGGCUGAUCCUAGAGCUGUGCAAAGGCACUGUCCGGGGUUCUGUGGACUCUCGGAUGAUCCACAGCCACUUGGAGAAAUUCCCAGUAACUCCAGAUAGCGACGGCGACAUGAAAGCAGCCGAGUCCACUUUUGUCUCUCUGGUUCAGAGCCUCCUGAAGGAUCCGGCGGAACGAGCUUACUUCUUUAAGGAGGUGUUCCCUGUAGAAUAUGGAAGAAAGUAUGAUGCGGCCCUACACGUGUUACUUUGGGAGCUGCUCUCAAAAUUAGAGAAGCUGCUUCCAGUACCAGACCUCAAGCAGACGGCAGCCUGGCUGGGCUCGGCUCCCGCCGUUUUGGAUCAAUGCCUCCAGUCCACACCGGAAGAGCUGGCAGAGCUCUUUGAGCACUGCAAGGCUGCCGGGCUUUUAAAAAUGCAACACGGUCCCUCGUCCGCCGUGGGCAGCUGCAUCAUGUCCGCACUGUCCAUUCCACCCUCCCAAAAAGCAAACAUCGCCCAGGGUUCGUAUUCUACGCACAACCCCUCCGACGUCCCCUAUCCCGAGCAGUACAGCGUGGUGACGGUCUACACCGAGGUGGAGGUCCAAGACACGCCAGCUGAAGCUCAGACGGAUUUCUACCAAGUGGAAGUGACGCCCGGCGAAGAAGCCGCGGGCGAGACCUUGGAUGUGGCCAAAGCAUUGGAGACGCUGAGCAAAACGUUUGCGCUGAGAAAGGAGACUCUUGAAAACGACUCGGCGAGCAACGGCCAAUUUGCAAUUCAAGAUGUCUUUGGGGAGGCCGACGUUGACGUCCAGACCGACGCUGAAGCGAAGGACUCUUCCGCAGAAGACAACGCAACCAUAAAUGCCACGCAACUUCCUGUGUGCGAACAUUCAUCAAUUCCACUGAUGGACGCCUCCACUGGCUGCGUUGGAGCUGACCGACCAGUCGCCUCGUCUGUGAUCGCCAUUAAGGGAAGUGACCAAGGCGAUUCCGAUGAGAUGACGUCCAUCAUCUUCACGUGCUCGCGGUGCCCCUUCCACCAGUCGGACGACAACAGCCCGCCGCACUUUCACAUGCAGAGAGUUCGCACCGAGGACUACCGCAAGCUCUCGGGAUCCCACGAGGCCCCGAUUCCGUCGGAAUCGGAUGAAAUCUACACGUCCAUUAAGCUUUUUCCCAAAGGAGACGCGGCGCCGCCCGACGACCCGUCGGCGGACGACGAGGGCUCGGCGAGCCCCCGCCAGGCCGCCGGCAGGCCAAAAGCCCUGGCGUGCGAGACGUGCGGCAGGACGUUCACGCGCACGUCGGACGUGCGGCGCCACCAGCUGACCCACACGGGCGAGCGGCCCUUCCGCUGCUCGCAGUGCGAUCGCACCUUCCAGCACUCCUGGGACCUGACCAAGCACCAGGGCAAGUCGCACGCCGCCGCCGUCUCCUUCGCCUGUUCCUCGUGCCGGGCGUCCUUCGCCAACCUGCGCGCGCUGACCGACCACCACAAGCGCCGGCACUCGGACGGCGGCCGCCUGCCGCGCAUCUGCUCCAUCUGCAGCCGCGGCUUCGCCUCGGCCGGCGAGCUGCUGGAGCACAGGAAGUCGCACGUGCUCAGGCGCUACGUCUGCCCGCAGUGCGGCGAGGGCUUCGACUCGCUGCCGGCGCGCGCGCUCCACCGGCAGGCGCAUCGGACGAAGCGGCAAUUCAAGUGCCCGCACUGCGAGAAGACGUACACGCGGCGCUCGGACGUCAAGCGGCACAUGUCGGCGCACACGGGCGAGCGGCCUCACCAGUGCGGCCAGUGCGGCAAGCGCUUCUCGCUGCGCUUUAUGCUAGUCAAGCACCUGCGCGUCCACACGGGCGAGCGGCCAUUCCAGUGCUCGCACUGCGCCAAGAGGUUCACCCUGGCGUCGGUGCUGGCGCGCCACGAGCGGAUGCACACGGGCGAGAAGCCCUUCCUGUGCUCCCAGUGCGGCAAGGCCUUCCUGUCGCGGGGCGAGCUCUCCAAACAUCACCGCUCGCACGGCGACGAGCGACCCUUCGGCUGCUCGCUGUGCGACAAGCGCUUCAAGAGCAAGAAGACGCAGCAGGAGCACCUGGUCUCGCACACGGGCGCCCGCCCGUACCCCUGCGCCUACUGCGGCAAGGGCUUCGCCAAGCCCUCGGCGCUCACCCGACACCACCUCAUGCACACGGGCGAGAGGCCCUUCCCCUGCGGCUACUGCGACAAGUCCUUCCUCACGCGCGGCGAGGCGCAGCUGCACCGCCGCGUGCACACGGGCGAGCGGCCGUACGCCUGCGACGCCUGCGACCUCGGCUUCAAGAGCUCGUCCGAGCUGGCGUGGCACAAGCGCCGCCAUUCGGACGCCGCCAAGCCCGACUGCGAUCGCUGUCAGAAGACCUUCUCGUCCCGGGCCAAACUCAAGAAACACAUGCAGACUCACGCGGAGCACAUCGCUGACUGAUUGGUCUUUGUUUUUUUUUUUUUUUUUUUUUGUAUCUAAAUGUUAUUCUCCUCUCGAGUUUCUGGUCUUCGGGUUAUUUGGGCCACAAAACUGAAAAUAAAAUGGACUCGGAGUAGUGACAACUUCGGGAGCGAACGGUAUGGUCGACUUCAUUAUUGUGCGUCUUCUAUGUUGUUGUUUU